UACAUUGUAAGACUUUUGCCUGGGAAAACUGAAUACUAAAUACGCUCUGUGUGACAGGGUUUGUUUUUCUCUGGUGGAGUUUGUUUCAACAAGGCUAAUUAAAAUGUCUAGCGUUCCGGCUGUCCGUAUAAGUAUUGAGUCGGCCAAUGAAAAGCAAAUUCAAGAAGUGUCUUUAGAUGGAUUGGAAACGUAUAUGCAGCCUUUGACUAUGUCCCAAAAUCUUGCCCGGUUGGCUCAGCGCAUCGACUUCAGUCAGGGGUCUGAUUCUGAGGCAGAGGGUGAAAGCGAGGGACGGGACCUUGAAUGGGGGAAGCAGGAAAAAGAUGAAGAAGAAGGCUUAGUGAAGUUUCAGCCUUCCCUCUGGCCAUGGGAUUCUGUGAGAAACACUGUAAGAAGUGCAUUGACUGAGAUGUGUGUGCUCUAUGAUGUACUAUGUGUUGUUAAGGAGAAGAAGUACAUGACUUUGGACCCUGUAGUACAGGAACAGCCUCCUUCAAAGCAGAACUAUCAAGUUUUUCAGUUAUUGUCCAAAAAGAAAUCAUUGGGAGCAGCUUCUCAGAUUAUUUUAAAGGGAGCUGAAAGACUUUCUAAAUCGGUAGCUGAAAACCAAGAAAAUAAACGGCAGAGGGAUUUCAAUUCUGAACUUCUGAGACUGAGGCAACACUGGAAACUGAGGAAAGUGGGGGAUAAGAUCGUGGGUGACCUGAGCUACAGGAGUGCUGGAUCCAUGUUUCCACAUCAUGGUACGUUUGAGGUGGUAAAGAAUACAGACAUUGAUCUAGAUAAGAAGGUUCCAGAAGAUUAUUGCCCUUUAGAUGUCACAAUUCCUAGUGAUCUUGAAGGAUCAGCUUACAUAAAGGUUUCUAUUCAGAAGCAGGAUUCUGAUAUUGGGGAUCUUGGUACUGUCAGUCUUUUUAAGAGGCCUGUUCCAAAGUCAAAACCAGGUGCACGGCAUUGGCAGACCAAGCUGGAAGCGGCCCAGAAUGUCCUGUUGUGUAAGGAGAUAUUUGCUCAGCUUUCAUGUGAAGCUGUACAAAUAAAGUCUCAAAUUCCUCACAUUGUUGUUAAGAAUCAAAUUAUCUGUCAACUUUUUCCUGGACUACAGCUGUCCGUAUCAUUGUGCCACUCUUCUAAUGAUAAGAAAUCUCAAAAAACAACUCCUGAGAAGCAACGACCAGAAGAUCACUUAUACGUUUUGGAGCACAGUUUGCAUCAGAUGAUGAGAGAGGUCCACAAGCAGACUCUGAGCUCAACUUUGAUGCCACACCCAGCUGCAGCCCCUUUUGGGCAUAAGAGAUUGAGAUUAUCAGGGCCACAGGCUUAUGAUAAAACAGAGAUAACAUCCUUCCAGCAAAAUGACAGACUUCUUGAGAAAAUCAUCAAACAAGCCAAGCACAUCUUUCUGAGAAACAGAACUGCUCGUACCAUUGAUAGCCUGGCCAGUCGUAUUGAAGACCCACAGAUACAAGCUCAUUGGUCAAACAUCAAUGACGUUUAUGAAUCUAGUGUGAAAGUAUUGAUAACAUCUCAGGGAUAUGAGCAAAUUUGCAAGUCCAUUCAACUGCAGCUGAAUAUUGGGGUAGAACAUAUCAGAGUUGUACACCGAGAUGGCAGAGUUAUUGUACUUUCACAUCAGGAACAGGAACUACAGGAUUUCCUUCUUUCACAGAUGUCUCAGCACCAGAUACAUGCAGUACAGCAGUUGGCAAAGGUGAUGGGAUGGCAUGUACUGAGCUUUGGUAAUCACAUGGGCCUCGGCCCAGUUGAAAGCAUCGGAAAUGCUUCUGCAAUAACUGUAGCAUCACCUAAUGGAGAGUAUGAAAUUGCAGUGCGAAAUGGACCAGAGAGUGGCAGUAAAGUUAUGGUACAGUUUCCGAGAAGUCAUUGUAAAGAUGUUAUAAAAAGUGAUGUUAUCCAGGACAGCAAAUGGGUGCACCUGCGUGGGCCUUAUAAAGAAGUACAGUGGAACAAAAUGGAAGGCCGUAACUUUGUAUACAAAAUGGAACUGCUAAUGGCAGCACUUACUCCUUGUCCAUGACUUCAGCAUAAUCAGACAGGACAUUGACAGUGAAAAAUAUUCUAUUUAUUUAAAAUGCUUAUUACUGAACAAGCAGUUUUAAGCACUUUGCUUUAUAAUUUCCCACCUACGCAACCACAGAUAUGCAUUGGUAUCUUCUUCCUUUUUGAAAAAUUAUGUAUUUUUUUAUUUUAUUUUAUGUACAAACUUUAAAUGUGACAUGAUUCUUAAAUGCUGUAGUACAAAAUAUCUUGCUGUGCAAGAGCAUUUGCUGAAAAUGUGAGGUGCAUUGUUAAUGGCAGUUCUGUUGUGAACUAUAUAUAUGCAAGGGGCCACAAGUACAAUGAUACACAGGUUGUAAUUGUUGAGGUCUGUAUAUACUUAAGCUAAAAUAAUUGAGUUUUUUUUACAUGCACAUUUUCAUAACUGAAUAAAAUAAUAUUGAUAGUUUGUUUUCAGCUUGUAAA